AAUUAAAGGUUACUGAAUGCAAAGAGUCUAAUUACUUAGUAGUUGACUUGGUUUGAGAACGCCACGGUUAAACAGCUCUCAAUUUCUUGAAAGGACGGUUAAACUUAUCUGAAUUUCUUGAAAGGACCGAAAGAUGUCGAAAAAAGGUUUAACAAAGCAGAAAAAAACCGAAUUGAAAGAUUCAAACUUAGCCUUAUUUGGAACUGAUAUAGAAAAGAAUGUAAAGAAAUCAGCGGCAGAGGGAGAAGUAGCCUGGAAAAAUGCAGGAGAGAAAGUUGGCUUGCAAAUAUGGAGAAUCAAUAAAUUUAAGGUGGAAGAAUGGCCCAAGGAGAAAUAUGGUCAGUUUUAUGCUGGUGACUCAUACAUCAUCUUGUGGACAUAUGAGGAAAAAGAGGAUACAGAGAAGUUGUGCUAUGAUCUGCAUUUCUGGAUUGGGCGGGGAUCAACCCAAGAUGAGUAUGGCACGGCUGCAUACAAGACUGUGGAGCUUGACACUUAUCUGAAUGAUGUACCUGUUCAACACAGAGAAAUCAUGAAUCAUGAGUCUGACAUGUUUAAGACGUAUUUCAAGAGCAUCACUUACCUCAAGGGAGGAGCAGAAACAGGCUUCAAUCAGGUCAAACCAAAAGAGUACAAGCCACGUAUAUUAAAAGUGUCUGGUGAUAAGAACCAAUAUAAGUUGGAGGAGCAAAGCUGGAAGAAAUACUUGCCAAGAAAAAAAAAUGAUGGUUAUCAAGAGAAAGGCCAUGCCAAUGAAGAUGCUGAAGACCAUCUUGUUGUUCUCGAUGACAAUGUGCAUAUCCUGGACAAUGGACAAGUGUUUUAUAUUAUCCACGGACAUAAUAGCAAUCAUCAUGCAAAAUUAUGGGCUAGGAAGUAUACCAAUUAUCUUAAUGAUUUUGAACGUUGUGGCAAAUCAGAAGUAAAAGUGGUAACCUAUGAGAAAACAGAAGUCAAAGAGCUGUUUGAAUCGUGCUACCAAAGAGUGCUGGAGUUGCAGUCCAAGGAAGACGAAGACGAAGAUGAAGACGAAGACGAAGAUGAGGAUGAGAUUGAUGCAGGUCUAGAAGAGCACGAGGAUAAGCUUGUCAAAGUGUACACUAAAAAGGACAACUUGAAUAGGGAUAAGGUGGUCUCAGAGCCAGUUGAAGAAAUCAAGAAAAGCAACAUAACAAGUUGUGAUGUGUUUAUUUUGAACAAGAAGAAUGCUUGCUACGUGCUGGUUGGGAAAAAAGCAUCUGCAGAAGAGAAGCAAAAUGGUAUUCCAUAUGCACAGAAUUAUCUGAAAGAUAAACCAAACUCUUACAAAGAAAUUAUUGUGGCAAAAGAAGGAGCCAAUGCCUACAACGAAGCCAUCAAAGACCUACCUGAGUGACACUGUCAUUAAAGGGACACGAUAAUUCAAUUUGCAGUCACUAACAUUGCAUGUUAUCAUGCCAGUGUUGCUAAAUAAUUUCUAAAGCAUCAUCUAAUUUAGGUUACAACUCGCAUGGUAAAGUACUAGCUACACUAAACUAGCUACUAGUUUUAUUUAUCGAUUGUAGAUCAGGUUGUCUUCCUUUGCUUCUUUGCGUCCGGAAAACAAUCAAUGUUUACGUUUCAAAAUGGGUAGGUAGUGAAAAAAAAUAGAAUAUUAAACACUCAAGAAAUUCUCAAAUAGGUUUCAAACAAGAAUGCCGAACAUGACUGGUAGUCCAAAUCGAUUCUGACAAAUGUUUAAGUAAGUUUUUUAUCUUCUAUUCUAAAGUACACGCUUCUGCUAAUAAAAUUUUAUUUUGCACAUAAA